UAAAUUUUUUAAAUAAUAGUGUCAUUCAUAAGUAAUUAUAUUUUAUUUCUAUAAUAUCAAAAAUUAGUUUUGUAGUUUCAUUUAAUUAAAUGAUUAUGGGACCAUACAAAACUUUGAAAAUAACAACUCAAAAAAGAUUGUUAAUAAUCACUUUAAACCGACCAGAGAAGAAGAAUGCUUUCAAUAGAGAAAUGUACCUUGAAUUAACAAAUGCCCUCAAUGAAGCUGCUGAAAACAAUAAUAUUUUAAUAACAGCAAUAACUGGUAGCGGAGACUUUUACAGCUCUGGUAAUGAUUUAAAUAAUUUUUUAUGGAAGUACUCUGCUGACAAUGUUGAUGAACAAGCCAGAGAAUCUUCUCACAUGUUUGAGAAUUUUAUAAAUGCAUUUAUUAAUUUUCCCAAAAUUUUAAUCGCUGUUGUUAAUGGUCCGUGCAUUGGAGUGGCUGCUACAACAGCUGCUAUUUGUGAUGUCAUAUAUGCAUCGGAGACAGCUUACUUUCAUACACCAUUUACGAGCAUGGCUUUGAAUCCAGAAGGUUGUUCUUCAUAUACUUUUCCAAGAAUUCUGGGGAAAAGCAAGGCCAAUGAAAUGUUGCUUCUAAAUUACAAACUUACAUCUGAAGAAGCUUAUAAAUUAGGAUUUGUAUCUGAAUUAUUCUCCAAGAAUUCUUUAUCCAACAUUUGGUCCAAAUUAGAGGACCUUUCUUUGUUGCCUCUGCAAUCAGUAAUUGAGUCUAAAAAGUUAAUCAAAAGAUUUGAACAAGAAAAAUUGAGAAUUGCUCAUGAAUUAGAAACUAUGACACUAAAUGAAAGAAAAGUUUCUGAAGAAGCAAUUACAGCAGUUAUGAAUUUUAUGAGCAGGAGGAAAAGCAAAUUGUAA